GGCAGCAUCCACCAGCCCGCUCCCCGCCUCCAGGACAGAGCCUCGGUCUGCAUGGGGGUGACAGGCUGGAGUGCAAUGGCACCAUCUCGGCUCACUGCAACGUCUGCCUCCCGGGCCGAAGCCAUCCUCCCUAUCAAAACCUAACAAAGACAUUACAAGAAAAGAAAAUUGUACACCGAUAUCCCUCAUGAAUAUGCAUGUGAAAAUUCUGAAAAAAAGCCAAUCAGAUUCAACAACAUAGAAAAAGGGUACCCAUGGAUUUCCAUGCUGCGGCAAAGGGUCAGUGGAGGUUGCAGAGAUGCGAGAUGACUUAAGUCAACACCAGAUACAAGAGGAACAGGAGCUGGAGGCAGACAUGCUAGAGCAGAAGCCUCAACUCAAAGUGGACCUGGACCCGGACCCAGACCCAGACCCAGACCCAGACCCAGAACUGGAGAUCGGACAGGUGCCGGCUUUACUGGAGUCAGAGCUAUACCCAGCCCUCAAGCUUGAAGCUGAGCUGGACACGGAAGCCAACUCGAACAAGGAGUCUGACUUCGAAGAACUCAUGCAGCUGGUAUGCAAGGUAGAGUCCGUCCACUCCAACAUGGGGCUGCCCAAGCCACAGAUCUUCAGACCGUGGAGUCUGAAUUCAAACUGCCGGAGUUUCACGGAGAAGAACCACGUGUCUGCCUGCCAUCACUCCAUCAGUGCGCAGACCUCCAAGCACCUCUUCUGGGCAAACAAGCUCAUCCAGGCCUCAGAGCACAGCCUGCAGCGGGCCAUCAACAUGCAGCUCAACAAUGACAGCACAGGCCAGCCCAUCAGAUCCCCGCUCCGGGAGGCCAUCCCCACCAACGCCCUGUGCUCCAAGGAGCAGCUCCAGAUCCCUGAUGCCCACUCAGCUCCUCCAGCCACAAGCUCCCAGGCGCCAAGCCCCCUCCUGUCCUCAGAUCUCCCGCCACCCAUUGACCUGACAGAGCUAAUCACCUUUGCAUCUUCCCUGGCCAUGGCCUCCUCCAGCAGGAUGGACCUGCCCAGUUUGGAACACAUGAUGAAAACUCCACCCCAGGAGGCUCUGGAGCCUUCCACAGAGCCCCUCCUGACCACUGUGGAGGAGCGAGAGCCAGAAAAUCACUCAGAGACCCUGCCAGAGAAACCACGCGUAGCCAGAGCACCACUGAAAUCUUGGAGUCAGGAAGACAAGAACUUCGCUCAAUCUUACUUUGACUUCAGCAAGCCGGGGAUCAAGAGGGCCACCAUCAAAGGGCAAAUGCAGCUUCUCCAGCCACCAGCCACGUCCCCUCUGCUGCAGGGAGGCAAGGAAGACUCAGUGCCGCCAGGAAAAGAGAAAGAGAAUCCAUUAUUGGUGAAAAUCCAUUUUAAGCUGUCAGCCCCAACAAUCCCAGAGAAAUGACUAGACAGAACCAAUAAAGCCUCCAGUGCUGGC